AAUCCAGACCGUGUGGCCUCAUCAGAGAGGAACACAUUGAGCAUUGUUGGGAAAAGGCUAAAUGUUGGAUCGAGAGCUUCACUGCAGAUCCAUGGGAUGGCUGACCACAGUGCAGACAUAUCAAACGAUUGCACGAUUGAGAACAGCACUUUGGUGAAAUGUGUAUUACCAAAGGCAAUCCAUGGCAAGAAAACUGUGUGCUUGUUAUAUGAUUCUGAAGAGGACUGUGCGGCCAACAGAACUGCUUUCCUGGAGUAUGUCACCAACAUCCGUGUGACUGAGAUUCACCCAGCAGUUUCCUGGCUUGAUGGAGGACGAAGAAUGACAAUAAGCGGCAAAAAUUUUGAUGUGGUUAAACAGAUGCAGAUAUCAUUAUCUGAAGGUCGCAGGUCAUGGAUUGAGUGUUCAGCUGAUCAAGGGACCUGGACCUGUGAAUCUCCAUUUAAGCAAAAUGGGAUUCCAGGUAACUACUCUGUAUUUUUUCGCCUCUGUGGAUCUGAGCAGCAAGUCAAUAUGAUAUACCACGAGAAUCCUAUAUUUUACAACUUUACAAAGGUUAUUGACAAAAAACAACUCCUGAUAACAGUGAUGCGAAAGAAAGAUAGUUUAGAUCUUUCUAAAAGUGACGUUAAGAUCUUCGUUCCCAGUGGUGCAGACGGUCAUUGGAAUGUAACAUUACAGCAGUGAUGGCCAACAAAAUAAAAUGUGUAUUAAACACAAAUGACAUUUCAAUAUCAGAAUUAGAGGUGAGAAUUGGUCAAUACAGUAGUAAACUAAUUCCUUCACCUAUCAACAACCCCAUUUUCUUUGGAUUAUUUGUGAUCCCUGUUAUGCUGGUGAUUUUCAUUGUCAUAUAUUGUUGGGCAUCACGUCAGAAAGACAAGCAAUUCUCUAAAAAACUGGAUUGCUAAAUGGAGCUCUUGGAAAGUCAAUUCCGGACACAAAUUCGAAAAG